UUCUAGUUAGUUAUCUGAGAACCGAUAUCUGCGACUCAAAUUUUGGGUAAAAGACUUUUUUUUUGAUUACUCUAUAAAAAUACCUGUUGCUUUUGAUUAAUGCGUCAUUUGUAGUCCUUUUUCUCACUUGGCUAUUCUUGGUUAACCCUUUUGAUUAUUGCUCUGCUGAACUUACCUGCUACGAGGUUUAUUUUUGUGGCACACUUUUACUGAACGAAAUCCUUAUUGAUUUCGAUUUGAAAUUUAAAAAAAAUGACUUCAAAAAUUCAAGAAUCAUUUAAAAAACGUAAAAUAGCAUUACGUAAAUUUAAUGAUUAUUUUAAUAGUUUUAUUGAUGAAUAUGAAGAAGAAAUUCUUAAGUCACGAAAAGAUAUACGUACACUAAUUGAAGAGAUACGUGAUUAUAAUCGUUUAUUGGCCGAUGUUGAUGAUCUUUAUGAUGAGGAAUUGGUUGAACGUUUCAAUUCACAAGCACAUCGAUUAUCCAAAUUUUUAAAUGAAUCAACAAUCGAUGAUGACAAUAAUGGAACCGAUCGUCAAACCGAAGAAAAGCAACAACAACAAAAAUCGAAAGAAAUUGAAUCAAAAGAAAUUCCCCAAGUGCCUAAAUCAAAAAAACCAAUGGAACCAAAGAUUGUUGAAAAUAAUACUAGAAUGAUGAUGAAUAAUAAUAAUGAUGAUCAUCAUCAACAAUCCACUUCAAGAAGCUCUACGUCGCUUAAUUCAAAUUUUAUUCAAUUAACCGAUACAAAUUGGUCAGAUUAUUAUCCAUUAAUGAUGGAAUUUAUUGUAACCGAUCAAAAAAUACCUGAUGAACGAACAAGAAUUGCAUUAUUGAAAAAAAGUGUUGAAAAAAAUUCAACAGCCUCGCAAUUAAUUGCAAAUGAAAAUUCAAUGAGAAAUGCUAUGAAAAUUCUUCGUAAAGAAUUUCAUCAUCAAACUUUUGAACAAAGCGAAUCGUCUGUAAAUGAUAUGAUUCUUCGAUUUAAUUUCAAUACAAAUGUAAAAAAUGAUGAACAUAAUUUUCGGCAAUUAUUUUCAAUCUUAUUGAAUAUAAAAUUUAAUGUUCGUGAAGAAUUUCGUCCAAGAUAUUAUGAUUCAUUAUGGGGAAAAUUACCAAGAAGAUUUCGAUAUCUUUCAAUGGAACGUUUUGUUCGUUUAACAAAAGAAAAACUUAAAAGUUUUAAUGCUUUACCUUGUUUAUUGGAUUUUAAAAGGGAAGAAUUCAUUGAUCAACAAGUUAAUAAUCAUCGACAACUACAGAUUAGCAAUAAUAAUGAUUAUGAAUCAAAUGAAAAAUUGGAUCAACUUAUACAACGAUUAAUUGAUGAUAAACAAUUAUGUCCAAUAUGUUUUCAAAUAAAAAAACAUUUACGUUCACAUUCAAUUGUUAGAUGUCGUAAUUUAAAUGCAUUUUGUCGUAAAUAUGGUUUGGAUGAUAAUUUUGAUGUUGGUGGUAAUCGAAUGAAAAAUUUAUCCAAUUCAAUGUUGAAUUUAUCAUUGGAUUCUACAUCACCAUCAACGGUUGAAAUUUGGGCCAAUCAUUCGAAUCAAAUCGAAAACAACAACAAACAAAAUAAUGGUAAUAUGAAUGGAUUUCGUUAUCUAAAAGUAAAUGAAAAGAAAAAAACAUUAGAAUUUGUUAAUACAGAUCGUUAUAAAUCAUCGAAUGGUAAUCAACAGCAACAACAACAACGUUUUGGAUUUUCAUCAAGAAAAUCAUCAAAUAAUCCGAAUAAAUUUGUUUUUCCGGAAGAUUCCCCGUCAUCAUCAUCAUCAUCGAUGUCAAACAACAAUAAUGAUGAAAAAAAUAAAAAAAUUAUUCCAAUCAUUUUGAUUGGUAAUUCAAAACAACAACAACAAUCAUUUUAUCGAAUCAAUGCAUCAACAUUUAUUGAUGAUAAUCCAAAUGGUCAUGAUGAUGCAAUGAUUGAAAAUAAUUUUCUAAAAUCAUUGAAAAUUUCGGAUGCAAUAAUUGAAUACAAACCGUUUACCGAUUUAAGAAAAAUUCAUUAUAUUAUUGGUCAUGUUGAAUUUGAUGUUAAUAUUGGAUUCGUAAUUCGUACGAUAAAAUUUGCCAUAUUUUCUCGUCAAAAUACUGAACCAGAUGUUUUGAUUUCACCGAAAAUUUUGCAAGAAUUUUCCAUUAUAAUACCAUCAUCAUCACCAACAAUAUCAAAAUUUGAACAACGUUUUGUUGAAAUAGUUGAUCGUUCAAUUGAUGGUAACAAUAGUAACAAAAAUGGUAAUUUUGUGUACGAUAAUGAAAAACGACAAAUUUCAAUUGCUGGCCUAUUACAGUUGAAGGUUAUUCAUUUGGAUGAUGAUGAUGAUGUUUUAGAUGAUGAUGAAAAAAAUGAAUCGACCAAUUUGAAUGAUAAGGAGAAAUCGGAAUCAUUGAAAAAUGAAAUUUUAAAAAAUUUGUUGGCUACAAAAUUGUUGAUAAAAUCAUCAAAUAUUGAA